AUGGCCACCGUCGCAACAACACUACAGUGUCAGAAAUGCAAGACACCGCUCAGGAUCGAUGGCUCUUUGGAGAGUCUGAAUCCGGCCUCGUUCAAGAUUCUCGCAGAUGCAGCGCCCGUGAUAGAGCCCAAGGCACCAGAUGCACCACGUUCGGCAGCAGCAAAGGAGCGAAAGCAGCUUUACGACCAAGUCUCGUCUCAGGCUGGACCACCCAUGCAUAAGCGCCAUGUUCCUGCUGCAACCGGGAAAGCGAACCCUGAUAUGUCCUACAUCAUGCUUUCAGAUUCUCAGACGCCACUCGAAGGCUCGGACGGGACGGCCUCUGCUCCCAAGAAGAAGCCGACUUCCAACAAAUCAGUGCCUCAAAAUCUCCCAGAUGGUGCUAAUGAACUUGGACGACAUAGAGAGAUGACAACUCGGCUCUUUGAAAUACUUUCUGCACGCUCGGACAUCGACCAUCCCAUCUGCUCGGAGUGUACGGAUUUGCUGUUGGAAAGCCUCCAGAAACGUCAAGCAGGGGUUACUCGCGAACGAGACGCUUACGUUGAGUUUUUGAAGAAAGCUCAACAAGAAAUUCCUACGGAUGAGGAAAAGGCGAAAACGAAGCAGGAUCUUGAGGAUGCUCGGCAGCGAGAAAAGCGCGCACUCGAGGAGCUCGAGGCGCUUGAAGCCGAGAAGGCGCGGAUGGAAGACGAGAUCACCGCUCUCGAUAUCGAAGCUGAGCAACUGGACGAAGAAGAAGAACAGUUCUGGCGUGAACGAAAUGCAUUUACCGCUGAACUAUCGGCAUUUCAGGAGGAACGAGACAGCCUUCAGAACCAGCUUGCACACGACAGCAAGGUCCUCGAAGCUCUAAAGCGUACAAAUGUGUACAAUGAUACCUUCUGCAUUGGACACGAUGGUACAUUUGGCACAAUCAACGGCCUUCGACUUGGCAGGACUCCCGAUCAAUCGGUUGACUGGCCUGAAAUCAACGCAGCAUGGGGCCAGACCUUGUUGUUGCUGACCGUGGUUAUCGAAAAGCUCGGCAUCCAGUUGAGAGGGUACGAGUUGGUACCAGUCGGCUCCACAUCCAAAGUCAUCAGAUUGGAAUACCCACAGACUGCUUCCACGGCGGACGGAAAGCCGAAGAAGACGAUUCUAGAGCUUUUCAGCAGCGGUGACCUACCACUCGGUCUGGGUUUCUUGCACCGCAAUUUCGACAACGCCAUGGUCGCAUUCUUGGAAUGUCUUCGGCAGGCGGGAGAGCACGUCGAGCGGACCACCCCCAAGGGAGGCCAACCUGGUCUAAAGAUGCCAUACACAAUCGUAAAGGACAAGAUAGGAGACGUGAGCAUCAAGCUGGGGAAUUUUGGUCAAGAAGAGCAGUGGACCAAAGCAUGCAAGUACACGCUUACAUGUAGCAAGUUCUUACUAGCACACGCCAGCCACGCCGAUGGGACGGACAGCAAAAAUGCUCGAUGA